CUUUUCUGGCUCUCAGAUCCAUAGAUGCUUCAUUUAGUUUCAUCUCGGCUAUAUUGCAUGUAGCCGACGACCCUCAUAAAUACCGUGAGAACAUUUGGACUACUGCAUAAACGUCAAAUUAUCAUUACAAUUCAACGAUACGAAAAUAUGGCUCCCUCAGAAGACAACCUAGGAUUCAAAUGUGCGAUCAUAACCGGUGGUGGUGGCGGCAUCGGCAAGGUGAUGGCCCAACAUUUCAUUUCGAAGGGCAAAAAAGUCAUCAUUGCGGGACGCACAGAGUCGAAACUACAAGAAACAGCAAGAGACAUCGGGGCUGUCGACUAUUACGUGCUGGACACGGGCAAGGUCGAACAGAUCCCCGACUUUGUCAAACGUGUCACCAAGGAACACCCUGACCUAGACUGCCUCGUCAACAACGCCGGGGUGCAACGCCCUCUGGAGAUUCUCAAAGACGACGAUUUCCUCUCCAAGGCGGACCAAGAAAUUGACAUCAAUAUCCGAGGCCCAAUGCAUCUGGCUCUAGGCCUGUUACCACACCUUCAGACCAAGGAAUCCGCCCUUAUCAUAAACGUGUCGAGUGUACUGGGCUUCAUACCAUUCUCCAUCAUCAACCCCGUCUACAACGGCACCAAAGCUUGGCUGCACUUUUGGAGCAUGAAUCUUCGCACACAGCUCAAGCACGGCGGUUCCAAAGUCAGAGUUGUAGAAAUUGCGCCACCGACAGUAGCAACUGACCUGCACCGAGAGCGAUCGGAUCCAGACGACAACAAGAAGGAGAAUAAUCCGGAUGCCCUCAGCGUGGAUGAGUUUAUGGAGGAAGUUGCUAGUAAAUUGGAAGACGGUAUCGAGACCAUCGGGCCGGGGAUGGCUGGAGAGGUCAUUGACAGAUGGUAUGGUGCGUUUGGUGAGCAAUACGCAAAGGCAGCUGGGAGCAAAUAGGUGGAUCAUUUAUCAAAGUGCGCAGAUAUCACAUACGUUACCUAAAUAGUAUUUCUCAAUCCGAGAUUGCAUCCCCUAUUACUGAUAAUAUGAACGACUCACCGGAACUCUACACGGAG